CAGCCUGCCUCAACAGGGGAUGACAGAGCCAUGUGUUUCACCUGCAGUGUGUGUCUGGUCUGUUGGGAACCUACAGAUGAGCCGUGGUCAGAACACGAGCGACAUUCUCCCAAUUGUCCAUUUGUAAAGGGCGAACACACACAGAAUGUCCCGCUAUCAGUAACACUUGCAACCAGCCCUGCCCAGUUUCCCAACAGCCCCGACACUUCAGACAAGAUUGCCUGCUAUGGCUUCGGCAGUUGCCCGCAGUUCCUGGCUGCUGCUACCAAGAGGGGCAAGAUGUGCAUCUGGGAUGUCUCCAAAAUGAUGAAGGUGCACCUGAAGUUUGACAUCAACCCGUAUGACCCUGCCAUCCUGAGGCAGCUGAUCCUGUGUGGUGGUGAGCAAAGCCAGCAGAUACUAACUGAGUCUCGGAGACCAACUCUGGCCUGGUUAGAGUCGUCGUCGUCCUGCUCUGACCUACCCAAGCUAGAGGGAGACAG